GCCAAUUCACCGGCCUGACUCGGUGUUGCAGAGUGUGUAAAGUCAGCGUGCACUCUCCUGCGUGUGCAUGUCAGUGGUGUGUGUGUAUGUGUGUGUGUAAGAGAGAGAGCGUGUAGGUGAAAGGAACUGCAAGAGCAAGCAAGCACGUGGGUGCACACUUCUAUAAGAGAUAGAUAGAGUGAGUGAGUGAGAGAAUACAGAAGAUAGAGCUGCAAGAAGCACAGGGCAAGUUAGAAAGCAGAAAGAAAAAGAGACAAGAGCAAAAGAAAUAGAGACAUAGAUAUAGAGUACAAUGGAUGCCUGUGCCCUGUCCUUUUGGAUUUACAUGGGAGUGUUGUCUGUGUUCGUCGGAGGCACGCUGAAGAAGUUCCUGGCAUCCCACGUCAGUGCCGUGCCCUCGCUCGUGGCAUGGCUGGGUGCCACGCUGCUGGUGGAGAGACUGUGUGCUAUGUGCAUGCCCGCUGUGCUGGCACUUGCCGUCUUCUGUGCCACCUGUUGGCUCUACUCGCUAUGGUCUGCCCCGCCACCGGUCCUGCCUGUCGAAGGCAAAGCAGUUUUCAUCACAGGGUGUGACUCAGGGUUUGGGCAUGCCACAGCAAGGCGUCUGGACGCAAUGGGUUUCCAAGUGUUUGCCACGGUAUUGGACGCAGAUGGUGAGGGGGCAAAGCGCCUUAGGAGUAGCUGCUCUUCUCGCUUGACCUUGCUCCAGGUGGACAUCACUCAGCCACAGCAGGUUCAACAGGCUCUGCUCAACACCAAGGCCAAGCUGGGCAUCAAAGGACUGUGGGCUCUGGUAAAUAACGCAGGAGUGUGUGUGAACUUCGGAGAUGCUGAGCUGUCCCUCAUGUCAUGCUACAGAGGCUGCAUGGAGGUGAAUUUCUUCGGAACCCUCUGCGUUACCAAGACCUUCCUCCCUCUGCUGAGACAGAACAAAGGCCGAAUAGUGACCAUCUCCAGUCCAUCUGGUGAACAACCCUUCCCAUGUCUGGCAUCCUACGGGGCCUCAAAGGCAGCACUAAACCUCUUCAUUAACACUCUCCGUCAUGAGUUAGAGCCAUGGGGGGUCAAAGUGUCCACUAUAUUUCCUUCUGCCUUUAAAACAGGACAGAGCAGUAACACAGAGUACUGGGAGAAACAGCACCAGUGCCUCCUUCAGAACCUGUCACCAAGCCUUUUAGAAGAGUAUGGCGAAGACUACGUCACGGAGACCAAGGACCUCUUCCAGAAGUUUGCCAAAUCAGCCUCUGAAGACUUGAGCCCGGUCGUAAACACUAUCGUGGAGUCACUGCUCGCGCCGCAGCCUCGGGUACGCUACUAUGCCGGGCCUGGUGUCGGCCUCAUGUACUUCAUCUACAGCUACUUCCCCCUGAGCAUCAGUGACAAGUUCCUGCAAAAAAUCUUUCUGAAAAAGAAAGUGGUGCCACGUGCACUCGGGAAACAGAACGAGCUGAACCGCAUCAACGACAACAACAAUGACAUCAUCAGCAACAACAAUAACAUCUCCAGGAUAGAGUGAAUCUGUUGUAACUCCAUG